CAGAAGAAAGAGGCCCACAAACGACGACGUCUUAAAGUCGAGCACUCCCGCCGUUCUCAGCUGAAAAUGGUUCGAAUCCACGUGAAGCACGGCGACGGCUCCGACCAAAAGGAGUUCCUCUACGACUGUUCAACCACGUCGCCAAUUGAAGAAAUUGCCCCCGAAAUCUCGCGAAUUUCCAAUCUUCAAUCCAGGAUCGACCGCCUGGUUUUCGAGCUCGAACCUCAUUUGGAACCCCUCCAUGGCGACGCAAAAGCUGUUUCUCUCCUUAGAGCUUUAUCUGAAGCCAAAUCCUAUGCUUCAAAGGACCAGGUUGUUCACAAUAGGCCUUUGUCUUAUCAUGUGCUAAGAAACCAUGUACAAGCCUUAGAGAGAGAGCUCAACUCGGUUCCUCAGUUUCAGAAACUGUUAGCAGACGUUGAAUCUAGUGGAGAGGAUUUGAGGCAGGUUUGUUGGGCCGGGAAAGUGCUUGAUAGAAGUAAGCGGUUAUGUGAUUAUAUUGGAGCCAAUGAGAAAACAAAGAUUGUUAUCAAGCUGCAGUCAACUGAGUCAUGUCCUGUAUAAUUAGUGGAAACUGCACGAUGCAUCCAAGGGACCACAAAUGCCUGCGAAGAUGGAAGCUGAUAGACCAAGGCACUUGAUUCUCAAACAAGUUACAGGUCUACGGUGCACUGUCAAAUUAUAAUGUAAAUUCUUCCUCAUCUGGUUUGUGUGUUCUAUUUUGGUUUUUGGUUGGAUGAGAAUCCCAAGAAGAAUGAUAAGAGAUUUUGAAUUUGUGAUGCAUUGACAAUAUCAUUGUCUUUAAGUACAGAUGACAGUAAGCUGUAUGAUCUUAUUCAAUGACAGGCUAGUUUACCUUUG